AUGUCCAAGUCAGACUACAUCCAGAAUAUGUUCCAGACCAAGAGCUUUGUUGACCGCUACAAGUACACCGAAAAGCUCACGGGACUAUAUGCUCAAACCUUGGUUGACUACUCUGGCGUGGCCAAUACCAGCCAGAAGCCGCUGGUUGUCCUAGACAAUGCCUGUGGGAUCGGAGCUGUCUCCAGCGUACUCAACCACACACUUCAAGAUGAAGCAAAGAAAACUUGGAAAUUGACCUGCGGCGAUCUGUCAGAAGGCAUGUUGGAGACCACCAAGCGGAGACUCCAAGAUGAAGGAUGGGUCAAUGCUGAAACGAAGAUCGUGAAUGCGCUUCCAGAGCUUUCCAGACGCCAACGCCGCCUUGAAAGGAUCCUCGCAUCCGGGGGUAUACUUGCAAGCUCAACAUGGCAGAACUUCAACUGGAUUCCAAUUAUGAAAGCCGCCAUUGAGACCAUACCCGGAAAUCUCCCGUUUCCAACACAGAAAGAGUUCAUCGCUCUUCACAACGCCGGCUGGGACUCGGAAUCCUACAUCCAGUCUGAACUGGAGAAGCUAGGAUUUCGAGACGUCAAAGUCAUCCCUGUGCCGAAAGAGACUUCCAUCCCUAUCGAUGAAUUCUUCGAAGUCUGCAUGAUGAUAAUCCCUUACCUGCUUCCCAAAUUCUGGACCGAGGAACAGCGAGAAUCGCACGAGAAGGAUGUUCCAAUGGUUCUGCGACAAUAUCUGCAAGACACCUAUGGGGCGAAUGGACAGGUUCCUUUGGAGGCGGUGGCUCUCAUCACAACCGGCCUCAAGCCCUAG